GCUCGGCCUCGGGGUCCAGCGACAGGGAGCUCGGCCGGAGGCGGCGAGGGCCAUGCCAUCACCAGGGACCGGAGGACCGAGCAGUCACAAGUCGAAACGAGCUCUGAAAAGUACGGCUCGCGUUAUUCAUGUUAUUGUUUCACUAUGUAUCACAGCCCAAGCAAGGUGAAAACCAAGAAGCGUGGUCUACCACCCCAUGUCCUCUAUGUAUUGGCUUCAGCCCUCUGUCUUGGGCUCCUAGUUAUCAUGUGGAAUGUAUACCAGCUUAAGAUGAUGCAGGAGGCCCACUUCAAUGGGCAUGGCCCGUACCCAGGUGCCCAGGCUCAGGUUGCAGAGGCAUCGGCAGGAAGUGUGGAUAGUUACAGAAGACCUGUGGUGUGGAUACAUGCAAAACAUGUGAAUUCUGGAUACUUGAAGCAUGUGAUGUCUGUAUUUGAGAGGGCAGGCUAUAUCCGUGGUGAUGCACAGUCUAGUUGGGAUGUUCUCUGGGCCCAUGACUACCCUUUCAAAGAACUCGCUGCUGUUAUGGCAAGCCUUAAGCCCUAUCAGAAGGUCAACCAUUUUCCAGGAACUGGGUUCAUUACCAAUAAAGUUUAUCUGGCGACAUCUGAUAUUGCAUACAUUCCAAAGGCCUUCCAAAUGCCAGGCCAGAGAGAUGCAUUCCUUGUAGAGACUAAACAAAAUCCAGACACACUGUGGGUCCAGAAGAGCAGUUCACAUAGAGGAAUCAAAGUCAAAUCCAUUGCAGACCUAGACCUCUAUGCUGCAAACACAUUUAUCCAGCAAUAUAUAUCCAAACCUUACCUGAUUGAUGGGAAGAAAUUUGACCUUGGCUUCUACGUCACUCUGACCUCUGUUGACCCGUUACGAGUCUAUGUGCUCCAUGACGAGAUGCUUGUACGUUUCUGUGCUAAGGAAUACAACCCCAUUGACUUUGGAGAUGUCAAUAAGUAUGUCGUCGGUGAUGAUUACACUCCAGUUUGGAAGAUGCCAUCACUUCAGAAGUAUUAUCAAGAAUAUAAUUACAACUUUAUGGAAACAAUGAAUGGAUACUGGAGAUCAAAAGGUGAAGACCCAGAUAAAGUAUACAGACAAAUUUACGAAGCUAUUCGUGGAGUAUUUGUCAGCAAGUAUCCACAGCUUUUAAGUGCUAUACAAAGGCAUGAAAACAAGCAUGUCUUCUUUGAAUUGAUGAGAUUUGACUUCGUACUUGAUGAAGAACUGAAUGUAUUUCUAAUGGAGGUGAACAUGUCUCCUAACCUAUCAUCAGCUCAUUUCACUGAGAAUAUACAUCUCUACGAGAGAGUGGUGUAUAAUGUUCUCAGUGUCAAUGGUGUAGCAAGGAAUGUGCCUUCAAGCUUGAAAAACAGUGAUUCAAGAGAGAGAGGGAUGCAAGUUAGUACAAAGGAAAUCCUUGUGAAGCCAGACCUAUGCAGUUCUGAAAAAUGCUUCACUUGUGAAAAAGAGGAAUGUCGAAUUUGUUAUAAAUGUCUGUCACCCCCUCAGAGAUUAAUGCUACAAGAUGCAUUCCUUGAACAUAAUAAUAGGCAGAGUAUGAGGAGAGUUUACCCAGUAGCUGUGGCACAAGAUCACGCCAAGUACUAUGACAUCACAUCAGAUGGAAGCCUCCAUGAGAAUGAUCAGAUCAUGAGAGAAUGGUUCAUUGCAAAAUGUGCCCAAGAUUUAUCAUUUUGUCAGUGAUGGAUAUUUGAUCAACAAGCCAAUUUCUGGAAAUGCUGCAAUAAGUACAUAGACUUAUCUUACAGUGGCUGAUGCAUACAAGGGAUGUAUUUAUCUGCUAAAAGGGCCAUGUGUCUUUCAUAUCACGAAGGCAAAUCCAUAUAGGUGCUUUCAAGAUGUUUUGCAAUAUUAAAAGGCAUGUCUGUGCCUGGGCCAAUUUCUCUAGACUUUAAUCAAUUUGCUUUUGGCCAAUCAAGAUGCAUAAUUUUAAUAUUACAGUAGCUGGUACUACUGAUGUGUUAUUGAUUAAAGUUUUCAUGAAACAGGGCAAGAGGGGGGAGGGGUGGAUAUAAAGCUCCAAUGAAAUUUCCUCUGUUGUUCCUGUUCAGUCAUACUCUAUUGAUUUAAAUCAUUUUGAUGCCAUGAUGGAAUUCAUGUACCCAUUAAACCAUAAGAGUGAAUGAACUGUCUAUUGAUUAUGUUGCUAUUGCAUAUUAAUACAGGGUAUAACAAAAUAAAUCAUAUUCUCAUAAUCAUAUUAAAUUUCUGUCAGAAAAAUAAAAAAUGUAUCUAUAUUUUCAUUAUUUUUGUUGUGUGUUUGUGUAGGGUGAGGGUCUCACUUGCACAUUCUUAUUCAGUUUGUACCUUGUAUACGUAUAUCACUCGAAUGCACUUACAUAUAUGUCUCUCCUGCAAAUAGAUAAUCAUUCUAUGCAGUUUUCAUUAUUAUUUUUAGUGAGAAUGUGCAUUUUCUCACUAAUGAUUGCACCGCCAAAUGAUGAUAUUGUAUAUAAAGUUUUUACCUAAAAGUAAAGAGUAGAUGAGUUCUGAUUGGAAUAAUCAGGUGUGUCAUCAUUGGAUGUUUAAAAAGAAAAUACAAAGAGCAACUUCUCAGUUGAGCUGCAUAAAAGGGACCUCAAUUUUUCAUGUCAUUUAAUGCUAUUUUAUAAUCUUGAAGUAGAAUUUGAAAUGUAAUUUCAUUUUGCCUUUAUGCUGUAAAAGUAAAACUACCUCCUCCUACAAUAGCAAGUAGGAUAGUUGACACAUAUUCCUUCACAGAAAUGUAUGGUUGACUUUUUUUGUAGUGUGAAAGAAAAAUUAAACUCUUUCAAGUAGACAUGCAUGAUUUGAUUUUGGGAUUUUUUAAAAGAGGAAAUCAAAAUUACAUACAAGGUGCAGGGAAGAGUGAGACUUUAUAAAAUUUUGUUUUUUAUUCUUUUUUAAUCUUAUGAGAAUUACACUUUUUUCAUGAAUUGUAUCCAAUAAAAAAAAGGUUAUAAUUUACAGUUUUAUAUACCCUUGGUACUUUAAAAAAUACUACAAUUGGAGAUAUGUGUUAAAAUGAGGCAUGUUGCCUGAGCAUAGGGAGAAUAUGAGACCAUGUAAAACAUAUAUAUUUCAUUGUGGAAUCUGGUAUACUCUUAAUAUAAGUAUUCAAUAUUUUUCUCUGAAUUGCCAAUGUGUUAUUUUAUGAUGAUAUUCUGUUUUCUUACUGAAAUUGAAAAAGCAAUGGGAAAGUUUUACAUAGAUCCAGAUUUCUUGCCAAAAUUUAAAUGUAAAAUGAUUGGUAAAACAAAAUAUGAUGGCAUAAUAAGUUGACUUGUCAGAAGGAAGAGAAUAUUAAAGUGUGUAUGGAUAACAACAGUAAAAGAUGUAAAUGGUGCUUUGUGAGGUAAAUGGGUACCAAGGUGAGGUAAAUUGGUACUGGCAGGAAGUAAUUCCUAAAAAAAGCUGUGAGCACCGGAAUCGGUAGACUAGCUUAGCUGGUGGUCUGGUUUAUAGAUUCAAUUUAAAAAAAAAACUUUAUUUUAACUAGUAUUCUCCCAAAGGGUUGCCAAAUUUCACAGAUGUGUCAUAAACCAUAUUUACAGAAAGCUGUAUGCAUCUAUAAGAAUGGCUCCAGAUAUUUUAGCCAUUGCCAUACCUCACACAUGAUUACAUGUUUAAAAAAUUGUGUGCUUUUGUGUAGAAUAUAAUAGGUGACAAUCUUUGCAAAUAUAUGCCCUGUAAGUAUGAACCAAAGUACUAUUUUCUAAUGCAGUAGGCCUUAGUUUUGUACAAGUUCACACUGAAUGUACUAUUCUAUAUGUAGAUUUUAGUGUAUGAUGUGUCCCAUGUAUGUUUAAUUUUUAAUAAGUGUGUUUUCUUGCAAUUUUCUCAAUUUUAUCACUUUCUUUGACCAUACUUGUAUUGUGUAUUUAUGCAAAUCUAUUACAGAUCUUAUAUUUGUAUCAUGUACCCUGAAGUGUCAACUAAUUAAUGACAGGGAAAUUGCUCCUCCGUCAUUUUUUUGAUGUGUAGUUCUACUUGUGAUGUAGAAUACCAUUUGUAUAAAAUAUUUUUUUGUAGAUUUUUUUCUUUCCCUCAGUUGUUUGUAUAAAUCAGUACUCUGUUGUAAGAAACAAUUUACAUUGUUGAAAUGUUUGUACAUCUGUUGAAUAAAGUUUAUUGAAACCCA